UAAUCAUCAUACUGUAGUCAUAUCCACAGUAGCCGUCUACUUCACCCUAGCCGGUGGCCAACCCUAGAUCAAUAUAACAUAGCGUUACGUUUGGCUACAGAGGCAGGCUUUCAUUUAGCAUCCUUUCGUGGCGCUUACAAACAGUCAGUGUUCCCGUAGCCUGAGCACGUGGUGGAGGUGAAGUGCUGUAUACUGCGUUGAGGAGUGUGAACGCGUGUGCUCCGCCAGUAAACACGUGCUGCAUCAAUGACGACGCUGUGUGCACAGAAGCUUCGCGGGAGUUCCAUGUAGUUUCUUAAUUCGGGAUAAUUACCGCUUCGGUGUUAAUGUAAAAUCCAGAAGAGUUUGAAGUUUAAAAACAGGAGGAUUAUUUAAUAAGUGUGGAUCGAAACCACGAAUGAAACAGGAUAUAUAUGUGUGACUUCCGCAAAAACUGAGGUCACUUGGUGAUAAAAUGUAUCACGUAUAUCAGUAACAGAUAAAUAUUUGAUUGAUUGGAUCUACAGUUCAGAUCGAAGGUCGAUCACAUUGAUCUGGACCCAUCCCACUGACCACAGAUGCGGAGAAGGUGUUGUUUAUACCAUACGCCGAUGCUGCUGUCACAAACGCUGCACUGUUUCCAUAUCAACUCGAUGCCACUUACAUACAGCUGCUCAUAUUCGUACCGCGACAUCAACAGCUGCUGAUGCUGCUGUUUCCACGUGCUUCGUUGAUAAGGAAUGUUCUAAUGCGCCUUGUGGAAUAUAUCUGCCGGAUACAAACUGAUUCAGAAUAACCAACUUGCGCAACUACUCGGCCGAUAUUGGAUAUUAUUUGUGAAUAUUGAGUAUUUCUAAAGGUCGGUGUGUUUUUUAAAGUGCCUGGCUGUUUUACAGAGGAAGACUCAGUUAUCUGUAGGUGUUUUUCCUAUUGUUCCAAGACACUCGUCACAAGUGUGUAAACUAAUGCAAGUAUUAGAACAAAUAAUUCAACGAGGAAACUGUUGCAAAUUUUGCAAUCACUUUUCAGUAUAAGAUUACAUUUUUGCUUAUGUACUAAAAAAACUGACACGGGACGUUUAGGUGAAGCUUAUUGAUAUAUUUCUUAAUGUUAUUCAAUCACAUCGGAAGAAAGCGAGUGAAUAACCAACCAGUAUGCAACGUGAAACUAACUUUACUCUCUGAAAUAUUCAACUGGUCACGCCUCUCAAAGGAUAUUUGUUUUAACACUGAUUCUUCUUCAGCGUUAAUACAACUCGGACCUUACGCAGGGAUUCAUUUAUUACCAAGUGAAACACACUAAUGACAACGUAAGGAAGUGAACUAUAUUUAGAUGAACUGAGCUUUUGACUGAGGUGACAGUUUCGAAUCGAUUUCGGUGAUUAAAGCGGCUCGCCGACCCACCUUUAGAAGCCAUGGGCGCUAGCAACGUCAAACAAAAUGGCACCCAUCGUUCCAAAAGGCCGAUGAACAACAGUGACUUGUUGGAGAACUCUAUCCAAGACGAGUCUGAUUUUCAGCUUAGUGAGGAUCAUAAGGAAAUUCUUAAGGAGUCGUGGACAGGCCUCAAGGGAGAUAUUUCGAAGGUCGGGGUCAUCACGUUUAUGAAGCUAUUCGAGACACACCCAGAUGUGCAAGAUGCCUUCCUUCCAUUCCGAGGUCUCUCCACGACGGACAUGGAACAGAGCGCCAUCUUGCGCGCGCAUGCUCUACGUGUUAUGAUGACAGUUGACAAGUGCCUCAACAGGAUUGACAGUCCUUCCAAGAUCGAGGGACUUAUGAGUGAACUUGGCCGUAGACAUAUAAACUACAAUGUCAAGGCCGAGUACAUUGACAUGAUGGGCGAGCAGUUUAUAUAUGCACUGAGAUCCAACCUGGAUGACCGCUGGAGCCCUGAGCUGGAGAAGGCGUGGGUUGCCUUGUUCAGCAUGAUGAAGUUUUACAUGAGACGGGGCCUUGCAGAGAAACACAACUAAACAGGAAAUAUGUAUGCGAAACAUGAGAAGGGAGACCUUCAGUGUAAAUACCUGCGUGAUUCAUGUAGCUAUGUAUGUGACAAGGUUUUGUAAAUGACCUGAGUGCAGCUGCUGACAAGUUGCAAAAACGAUUUUUCGAAAACGUCAUUUUGCCUCGUCAACAUUUACGGAAAGCGUCGAGUUCUGACGGAAAGCGCCAAUUGGAACACACCACAGGAUCAGACAAUCAGGAAAAUCAAUCGGCUUUCAUA